GUGCACAGGUGUAUGUGCAAGUAGCUGUGAAAAGGUGUGAGGAGCUGCGCCUCCUCCAAUCGCCCUCGUCACUCCUCGUCCUUCUGCCGUUGUGCUGCUCCCUCCCCCCGAGCCGCCUCCCCUCGCUUUCGACUCUCUCCGCGGCCACCUCCCCCUCUCGCGCGUCGGUGACGAGGGACCCGGAGCGGUGGAACAAAGAGGCGGUCUCCUGCGCCCCCGAGUUCACUCCAGCAGCAGGGAGAGCGGCGGUGAGCGCCCGCGCGAGAACGAGCGGCGGCGUUGAGUCCACGGCUCCUCGCGAGCGAUGGAAAAGUUCAAGAGACAUUUCAAGGGCCCGAGCAGAUGGGGGGGUCCGCCGAGUGUCGUGGGCGGCGGCACGGAGAGUCGCGCCGCGCCCCUCGUGAGCAGCAGAGCGCGGCGCCGCUCCAGCGCGGGUCUCCCCUCCGCGUCUCUCUCCGCGCGGCGCAAAUCUCUCGCGGGGGUCGCGCCCCCCUCCUCCUCCUCCCCUUCUUCCUCCUCCUCCUCCACGCAGCGCCGCCCGGGCCCGACCCUCGCGGCGGCGGCUGAGGCGGCGACGCCCGCGCCGAGUCCCCUGGCCCGCCGGCGUGGGGUCGUGGUACCCCCCGCGCACCCCCUCUCGGAGCCGCCCAGAGCGCGGCGCCGCGUGUCCGCGCAGCAGCAGCAGACCCCGAGCCCGCGGAACGCGGCGAGGCAACCGAGCGCGGCGGAGCCGGCGCCGUGCAGGAGGAGCAGCGUCUCGAAGGCGAAGCGCGGAGCCGCGAACCCACGCGGAGCCGUGAGCCGCGCGCUUUGGGUGCUGGCUCAGCGCGGGGCCCUGCUCCCCAACCGGGGCCAGGGGAGCCGCGCCUGGAGAUCGCACGGCACGGACCGCGUCGACGUUGCCUGGGGAAGCUCCGCGCCGCGGGUCGACUGGAUGCAGCUGCUCCUGCCGCCGGGCCUCGGCUUCCCCGAGCGCGUUCGGAGGGGACUGGAGCAGGGGUCCGGGGCGGGGUUCCUGCCUGCACUCCCGGCGGGCAGUAAGGACAGGGCCGACCUCGUUAUCGUCGUCGAGGAAACCGCGAGCGGAGGGGGCGACAACCACGCCGCUUCGAUGAAGCCGAGCGGGGGAACGGAGUCGGCGGGGGGUCCCUGUGGAGAGGAGUCUCGCGUCGAGGCCCCCGCGCCCCCUCGCGAAGCUCCCCGCGGCGGCGGCGGCGGGGCGGUGCGCAGACCCCGCCGCUACCUGAGGCCACCCCCGUGCCUCCGCCGGCACUCGUCCCUACAGGGGCCCGAGAGCCCUUGCGGGGCCCAUGCCGGGGCGCGCCGCGGCCCCGUGGGGAACACCGCGGGGGUUGGCUGCGCGAAGCGCGGAGAUGUAGGUCUUGUUGUUGGCUGCGCGAAGCGCGGCAUCAGCGCUGCUGGGAGCUCCGGCAGGGCCACCUGGAGGGGCCACGCAGCGGAAACUCUGCGGGGAGGGAAGGCCAUCUCCCGCUCAGGGCUGCAGCAUCUCCUGGCUCAGGACGAGGCGCUCGGGGCCUUCAUCAACGGCGGAGAGCGGAUCCCGGCGCGCGGGACCGUGGACUGGAGCGAGGCGGCGGUGCCCGGGGACCACGUGUGGUUCGACUCGGGGGACUCGGGGGACGGCUGCUGCUACCUGGGCGAGGACGGCUGCGUCGUGCGCACGGUGAAGUCGAUGUCGCGGAAGAAGUGCGCGUCGUGUCGCAUCGUGGUGCACGUGGCGUGCAUACCUCAACUCGAGCAGAUUAAUUUUCGCUGCAAGCCAACAUUUCGCGAAGCAGGGACCAGGAGUGCGAGGGAGGCCUCGGCUGUGCGGCACCACUGGGUUCACCGUCACAGGCAGGAGGGUCGUUGUCGCCAGUGUGGCAAGGGUUUCCAGCAGAAGUUUACCUUCCACAGCAAGGAGAUCGUGGCGAUCAGCUGCUCGUGGUGCAAGCAGGCCUACCACAACAAGGUGUCGUGCUUCAUGCUGCAGCAAAUCGAGGAGCCGUGCUCGCUCGGGGUCCACGCCGCAGUCAUCGUGCCUCCCACGUGGAUCAUUCGGGUCAAGCGGCCGCAGGCCUCUCUCAAGUCGAGUCGGAGGAAGAAGCGGUCUUCCCUCAAGCGUAAAUCCAGCAAGAAGGGCUCAGAGGAAUGCAAAUGGCGGCCGUUCGCCGUCAAAGCGGCGGCGUCGCCGCUCGUGAAGCCGCUCGUGGUCUUCAUCAACCCCAAGAGCGGCGGGAACCAGGGUAACAAGAUCAUGCAGAGCCUCAUGUGGCUCCUCAACCCGCGCCAGGUGUUUGAUCUGGGGGCGGGCGGCCCGCAGGAGGCGUUGGAGCUCUACAGGAAGGUGCCCAACCUCCGCGUGCUGGCGUGCGGCGGGGACGGCACGGUGGGAUGGAUCCUGUCUGUGUUGGACCAGCUGCAGAUCGUGCCACCUCCUCCUGUCGCCAUCCUCCCCCUGGGCACGGGGAAUGACCUGGCGCGCACUUUGAACUGGGGAGGGGUGCGUCCGAGUGUCCGCGAGUCCGAAUGUCCACGCGCCCGAAUGUCCACGUGUCCGAGUGUCCGUUCCUUUGGUAAAUGUUCUGAACGCCGUGCGUGCCCCGCGCGCCAGGGUUACACGGACGAGCCGAUCUCCAAGGUUCUGUCCCACGUGGAGGAGGGGGCCACGGUGCAGCUCGACCGCUGGAAUCUGGACGUGAGGCCCAACCCGGACGUGGGGCGAGACGAGCAGGAGCAGGGCACCUCCAAGCUGCCCCUGGACGUCUUCAACAACUACUUCAGCCUCGGCUUCGACGCGCGGGUUACCCUGGAGUUCCACGAGUCCCGAGAGGCCAACCCAGAGAAGUUCAACAGCCGCUUCCGAAACAAGAUGUUCUACGCCGGGGCCGCCUUCUCUGACUUUUUGCAGAGGAGUUCCCGGGAUCUUGCAAAGCACGUGCGUGUCAUGUGCGACGGCGUGGACCUCACGCCCAAGAUCCAGGAGCUGAAGCUGCAGUGCCUCGUGUUCCUCAACAUCCCCCGGUACUGCGCAGGCACCGUGCCCUGGGGUAAUCCGGCCGAGCACCACGACUUUGAGCCGCAGCGCCACGACGACGGCUACAUCGAGGUCAUCGGCUUCACCAUGGCGUCCCUCGCGGCGCUGCAGGUGGGAGGCCACGGCGAGCGCCUUCACCAGUGCCGCGAAGCCGUCCUGGCCACGCUGCGCACCACGCCCGUGCAGGUGGACGGGGAGCCGUGCCGCCUCGCGCCCUCCAUCAUCCGCAUCUCCCUGCGCAACCAGGCGCUCAUGGUGCAGAAGUCCAAGCGGAGGGCGUCCGUGCCUCUGCUCACCGACGUGCAAAAGCUGCCCGUGUGUGUGCCCCGGCGCGUCUCGGCGCCCCCCGCUAGCUCGCCCGUUUGCGUGGCGACCCCCCCGGAGAGGCUGCGGAUUCGCAUCAGUCGCAUCCGUCUCCAUGACUACGAGGAGCUGCGCUACCACAAGGACCGCCUGCGCGAGGCCUCGGUGCCUGUGGGAGUCAUCGUGGUGCCAGGAGACUGUGACCUGGACACCUGCCGCGAGCACAUCGAGCGUCUGCAAGAGGACCUCCCGGCGGCGGAUGCGGCGCUGCCACGGCUCCUCGAGCACGAGGGGGAAGGCAGGACGAGGAUUCUCUCCUCGCAGAAACUCUCCCCCAAGUGGUGCUUCCUGGACUCCACAUCAGCAGAUCGAUUCUUCCGCAUCGACCGCAUGCAGGAGCAGCUGCACUUCCUGUCGGACAUGUCGGCCGAGGAGCUGUUCGUGCUGGACCCGGAGACCCCGCGCCCGGCGUCCGUGUCCAGCGGGGCCGCGCCGGGCAUGCCCGACCUCGUGGAGCCCUCUCCCGGGGUGCCGAGCCCCAUGUCGGACAGCGAGCUCCUGCGCAGGGCGGCGCCCCCGUGCCGCCCUGCGCUGCUCUUCCCCGCGACCCCGAGCGGAUCGCACUUCCCCCUGCGGCGCCGGGCAGUUGGGUUCCACGUGCCCGGCGCACGCCGCAGGCUGUCCAGCGACGGCUGUUGCGUGACGGACCGACUGUCCCGGCAACACAGUGCCCCCCCCGCGCCCAUGAAGGCGCUCACCAGGUUGGCCAUGUCGACUGCUACGAAAGCUCUGCUGGACGCCGCACGGCAGGGGUCGCUCGAGAAGCUGAUCGAUGCCCACUCGCGGGGGGCCGACCUCCUGGCCCGUGACUCGGAGGGGCGCAGCGCGCUCCACCACGCGGCCGCUGGGGGCCACCGCGACCUCGUCAAGCACAUCCUUGAGACCGGGCCCCUAGAGCUAUUGGAUGAAGCGGAGGCUGACACAGGGAACACCGCUCUGCACGGUGCCGCUGCUGGGGGGCACCGCACCGUCUGUUACUUCCUGGUGGAGGCCGGAGCCUCGCUGCUCAAAACCAACUCCAAGGGGGACCUGGCGGGAGAUGUGGCGCGUGAAGCCGGGGAGCUGGAGCUCGCCGCCUUCCUCGAAAAUCGGCAGCACCAGCAGAUGAUCACGCGCGACGACCAGGAGACGGCCGUGUGAGGACCACCGUCCACCAUCACCAACGCCACAAUCACCGCCACCACUAUCACCGCCACCUUGACUAUCACCUUGACCACCAAACUUUCCGUCAUCACCUCGCGGCCCCAGCAGCCGACACUAGCGCAACCGUCACCAUCGUGAGCGCCACCAGCAAUGAUAGCACCAGCUCCACCAGCUCCACAAACUCCACAAGCAAUAACCCAGCUCCAACAGUGACGCCACCGAUUUCACCAGUGCCACCCGCUCAGCACGGUGGCCCCGCGCUGCUGCUCGCUGGACUUGCCCGGUGUUGGGUCCCGCGCCGAGCCCCGCGGGCGAGUUCUUCCGUGGAGCUGAGAUGACUUCUUCUGCAAUCGCCGCGGCAGUGAAACUCCCGCCCGCCCGCUCAUCUCACGUUGAUUUAUCAUCCCCGCCGCUUCUUCUCCCUGACUCCCCCCGCCCCUCCCCUCCCCCGGCCGUGUCGCCGUGUCUUGUACAUUCGUGAACCCCGAUCUCGAUCCCUCCUGGGUCUGACCAUGAAACGACGAUGAUCUUUACUGAGUGCGUCCAGGUGACCAGCCUGGUGGCACUCUCGUUGCCUCACCCUGUCCCCCCCCCCUCCCUCCCACCACCCCCGACUCUUACCGCCAACAGCGCUCACCUCCCCCGUGCUUCCUGGCGCACCGCGCCACGUGCCGUGACUGCAUGACUCCGUGACCUUGCGUGACCCCCCCCCCCCAGUGCCGCGUGUGUGUACAUACCGAGGGAAUGAUGGUCGUGCUCGUUUUGCAUAUUGUGCGUGUGAAACAUCCUCUUGAGAUUUUAAACUCGACAUUUUAUAUAUUUCUGGCCGGUGAUGAUGGAGGCUGGCGUCGCGUGGAGUGCGUUUCUACGGUGGGCGGCGCGCGUCCGUGGCCGCGCGCCGCGCGUUUCUAAUAAAGCGACGCCGUGUUUA